AUGCCUGACGAUGAGUACACUAUUCGCGUUGAUCAUGUUUCCGACAUUUUAUUCCUCCCCAUACCGCCAUCGUCCUGCAUGGAUACCGGGUCUUCUCCCAACGACUGGAAAGGUGCAGGAAAUGAGAAAUUUAUCCAGGGAAAGUAUUACCUGGCUAUCGAUUUUUACUCCCAGGCUCUGAACUCGUCUCCAUCAAUUGCCGAACUCAUAGUAAUAAGGCAGAAUCGUGCGUUCUGUUUCCUGAAGACUCACCAGUUCGACGCGGCCCAUGGCCUGCCUGAGUCUGGACCCUCGGAGAAGGCCCUGUACCGCAAGGCCCAGGCACUGCAUUACCUCCAACGAUUUCAGGAAGAGAGCCUCCUCUUGAAGACCCUAGAAUUACUCGGGUUCUCGUUACCGGCGGCCAGCUCCCUCGGGUCCCUGGUACUCGCCUCCGGGUGGAGAAAUGGGGCAUGA